AUGACCAUCCCCAACACCGCCCCCAUCACCGACUGUAACGGCAACUCCAUCCCCCCCUCCGCAUGGAAGGAGUACCGCCUCUCCGCCCCCGGUAUCCGCGCCACCUUCAUUCCCUAUGGCGCUCGCCUGACGUCGCUGCAAGUCCCCGACCGUGCCGGCAAGUGGACAGAGGUGAAUGUGGGCUACGCCGACCCCUCGUCGUACAUCAAGGAGGCUGGGCCGAGCUACUUUGGCGCCGUGGUGGGCCGGGUCGCGAACCGAAUCCGCUCGGGCAAGUUUGAGCUGAACGGGAAGGAGUACGCGAUCACGCCGAACGAGAACGGGGGUUACAACACACUGCACGGGGGCAAGAUCGGAUACGACGCGCGCGAGUGGGAGGUCGCCCAGGCCUCCGAGAGCAGCGUCACGUUCACGCUGAGGGAUGAGGGAGGAGAGGCGUGGGACGGCUUCCCCGGCUGCGUGGACGUGGGCGCGGCGUACGAGCUCAGCGACGGCGAGCUCAGGGCCACCCUCCGCGCCGUGCCCCGCGACGGUGCGACGCCCAUCCUCCUCACGACGCACGGGUACUACAACCUCGCUGGCGAGGGGAGCAUCAUGGGCGACGAGCUGCAGCUCCCCCGCGCAUCCCGCUUCGUGCGGGGCGACAAGCACCUCGUGCCCACUGGCGAACUGCCCCCGACUGCCGGACACGCGCUGGAUUUUACGGCCCCCAAGCCGAUCGGAGAGGGCAGGGCGAAGGAGUGCGGCGCAGGCAACGAGGGGAUCGACAACUGUUUCGUCUUCUCGGAGGUUUCCCCCGAGCCCCAGCUCAUCUGGCACUCGAAGACUAGUGGCAUCCGCCUCCAGCUCUGCACGGAUCAGGACGCAGUGCAGAUGUACGCGUGCGCUGCCAAGGGGGACACGGUGCUCGGUGAGCGCGGGGCGGAGUGUCUCGCUGUCGAGCCGCAGGGCGUUAUCGACUCUGUGAACCAUCCCGAGUGGGGCUUCAAGGUCGUUUAUGAGAAGGGAGAGGAGUACGUUAACACCACUACGUGGAAGUUUGACGUUGUAGAGUAA